GUCAUUCAAUCAAUACGCAUAAUCAGCAGGCGUCUCCUUUUUUGAAACGUCUCCCGGCCGUAAUUUGUAAUCUUUAUGCUUCUCGGCUGGACCUAUUUUUGUCAGGCAAGGAUUCGUUGAUAAGUUCCCGACCGAAUGGCCUCAGUCUAUAGAUCAUAUAGUCGAAAUAAAACAUAUUCCGGGCCUGAACAUAGUGAAAAGAAACGGCAUAGUUGGACCAAGCGAAAGUUCCCUGUGAUAUUUGCAUUGUUAGGAAAGUUAAGGUUUCAGAUUUGUCAAGUAUGUACGAACGUCUUGUCCCCUGUAGGAGAUAUACUGCCAGUACCAGUAAUUGGGAUCGUAGCGUAAGUAGGAAUUCGAUCUAGCCUGCGGAUCUAUUAGGUACAUCCGUCGUCGUCCCUUGAAGUCCCUUGAGUUCCCCGCCACGACUUCGACCUUCUCCAGGCACUCCUUUAGCUUGCCCAUUGUGGCUCCCGUGUCCGUGGGCUCGCACAGCUUUGGAUUGGGCAGGGACAGUUCUACAAAGCGACGCAGAGCGGCCCGACUCAUCACAAUGCCUGGGGACCCGAAAUAUAUGGGCAUCGCCGAGCUAUACGGAUACAGCAUGUGGCGCAGGUUCUCCAUUACCACAUAGGUCUCGGCAUCUGCCUCCAGAAACCAAUCGGCCUCGUCCAAAUGAAAAUCGUAGAUAUACUUCAGGGCCUGUUUCGUUUUCCUCCACGUCUCUAUGCGGUUGCCAUUGCCAGGCAGACUGACAGCUCCUAUUUCGGUAUCUUCCUUGUCGCUCAUGAACACCAGCUUAUUGCACCUCUUUCCCCAGGUCCGAAACACUCCCGUGGCUUGCAAAUGGUGUUGGCUUGACUUCGUAUAUACGAAACACAAGACUCGCACCUCCUCAUACAGAUCUACAUCGAUUUUACUCGUGAUGUUUAGCGUCCGAUUCGGUCGGUAACUAAAGGGAAUCAUUGGCCAGAGUAGCACUUGAGUUAUCAGAUAGCCAAUGCCAAUGCCCAGGAACAGGAAUAGCACUGGACCAGAAAAUGUGGAUGAAAGAUGAUGGCUGUUACGCUCUGGAAAAAGCGAUUUCUCAGCUGCCAUCUCUUCGGGUCUAAGGUUGGGGUAGUACUAAGACUCUGCUAGCCGCACAGUCUGUGAUCUGUAAUAAAAUUACAAGCACAUUAGUUACGCCUUAACUUGAUCACGAUGCUGAAUAACUAUUACAAUCUGUCGGCUCUCUAGUCCAAAACCCCAACACCAAUCCCUUUAAUGUUAAAGUAGAUUAAAAUUUUGCGUGAAGUUGGUGUUGGCGGAUUUUAUAAUAAAGAAUUCAAUUACUGAUCGCAACCAAGUCGAAUAAAACUCGCAACUUAGAUCAACGCAUUAGCCGACACGCAUUAGAAUGGCGGAACAUGUAAAGUAUCUGGACGAUCCCUAUAAAUCGGAGAACGACAAGAAAAUUUACAAGUCCAUUGAGCUGAACAAUGGGCUUCGAGCUUUGAUCGUCUCGGUACCAACGCUCAACAUUGGAUUAGUGCCCCAUAGCGCCACCUGUGCCUUGAUGGUCGACCACGGUCCAUUCGCCGAUCCGCGCAGCUAUCAGGGUCUGGCCCACUUUCUGGAGCAUAUGAUCUUCAUGGGCAGCAAACCGGACUCCGAGGAGAACGUCUUCUUUGCGCACGUGAAAAAAAACGGCGGGGAAUGCUCGUCGUCAAUCUUGAGCGAGGACACGCUGUUCUCCUUUAAGGUAUCCGACCAACACUUGGAGUCGAGUUUGGACUACUUGACAUUUGCUCUGAAGGAUCCGUUGAUGCUGCAGGACACCAUGGAACGUGGACGCGUUAUCGUGGACUCGGAGUUUCAGCAGGUGGCCACAAAAGAUAGUAACCGUCGCAAUCAGCUGCUCGCCAGCCUGGCCACCGAAGGCUAUCCACAUGGAUCCUUCAACUGGGGUAACAUGAAAUCGCUUAAGGACAACGUCGCUGACGACAAUGCCCUGCACAAAGCGCUCCACGAUGCCUGGCGCGACAACUACGCGGCCAAUCGCAUGUACGUGUGCCUGCAGGGUUCCCUGUCGAUCGACGUGCUGGAGAGCAUGGUGGUACGCCACUUUUCCAAACUGCGCCGCAAUGACAUCAAGGCGCCCGACCUGACCAAGUUCGAUUACCGCAACGCCUUCCGUCCGGCGUUCCAUGAGCAAGUCUUCCUCGUCGAGGCCGUGGAGAAAUGGUGCAAGUUGGAGCUGACCUGGGUGCUACCCAGUAUGCGUCCGCACUAUCACAGCAAUCCAGAUAAGUUUCUCUCCAACCUGAUCGGGUACAAGGGAGACGGUAGUCUCCUCGCCUACCUGGAGCGUCGCCACUGGGCCUGUCAUCUCGACGUUGGCAUAGACGAGACAGUCUUCAAUCACCACUCGAUGCACGCCUUUUUCAAAGUGAACAUUGGCAUCAACAACGAGGGAUUCAAGCACAUCGAUGAGGUGCUGUUUGCCACCUUUGCCUAUUUGCAGAUCUUCUCCAACUGCGUCAACGGUUCCUUGCAUCAGUUGUACGAAGAGCAGCAGAAGAGUAAGGCCGCAGAAUUCCGUCUCCCGGAUCGUCUCUAUCGCUAUGAUGUCGAUGAAUUGGUCUUCAGAAGCAAAUAUUAUCCCCCAAAGGAUGUACUCACCGCCAGGAAGCUCACCUACGACACCGACGAGCAGCAUCUGUCCGAACUGAUCGGGAUCCUCAACAGUUUCAAAUUCAAUCUAAUGAUUACCUCGCAAAAGCCGUACAAGGGCAUACCCUACGACAAGCAGGAGGAGUGGUUCGGCACCAAAUACACCACUAUACCCAUGCCAGCGAAGUGGAAGGAGCUGUGGCUAAAAUCCAAAUCGAAACGCAUUGCUGAGCUCUUUCUGCCCGAAGCCAAUCCCUUUGUGGCCCACGACUUCACGCUGUUCUGGAAUGAGCAGGGCAAGCCCAAGUUGCCGCCUUACCCCAAAAGGUUGGUCAAGACCGACACCUGCGAGCUGUGGUUCCGACAGGAUGACAAAUUUGGGAAGCCCCAGGCCUACCUAUGCUUCUUUUUUAUCACGCCGCUGCUGCGUCAGAGCGCGAAGAAUGCUGCUAUGUGCGACUUGUACGUUUCAUUGGUGCAGGUGCACGUGCAAAAGGAACUGGAACUCGCCCAAAAGGCCAAUCUGAACUGCCGAUUCAUGGUUGACGACAAUGGUUUGAGGCUAUUUGUGAGCGGCUACAAUGAAAAGCUCCAUCUGAUUGUGGAGGCCAUUGCCGAAGGCAUGGUCAAUGUGGGCGCCACCCUCUUUGAAGGUCUACUGACCGCCUACCGCCAGAUUCAGGGCGAGUCCUACUUGAAAAGUCUGAACUAUUCAUCCGGCGUCAGCAGUGACAUCUUCUGCCGUGUGCUGGGAGAAAAGCCAUGGGCGACGAAGGACAUGUACAAGUCCCUUGAUGGCAUCACUCUGGAGGAUAUGAAGGCAUUUGCCCAGAAGCUGCCGCAGGAGCUGUACAUCAAGGCCCUCAUACAGGGAAACUACACGGAGGAGGCAGCCCACAAGGUGCUCAAUGCGGUCCUUAGCCGACUAAAAUGCGAGGCCAUUAGGGAUCAUCGGCUCGUGGAGAGUCGCAUCGUGAAGCUUCCGCAGGGCGGCCGCGUCAUCUACUGUGACGCCCCAGGCGAGCACAUUACAACCACAAAUGUCACGAACUACUACCAAUUCGGAGCGAACUCUUUACUCGUGGAGGUCAUACUCGACCUCAUGAGUGGGAACUUCAAUACCCCUCACUUCUAUACAGAGAAACUAGUUGGUGGAGAAGUGGAGGGCUGGGUUAACGUCAACAACGGCAUUAUCGGCUACUACCUUGCGGCAGACUUGGAGGAGACUGCUGCAGGAGAGAGUGCCAAAGAACUGGAGAAAGACAUCGAAGUAUUUUUCCGCCAGGGCUGGUAUUUUUUUGAUGUAAUAGAUGACAAGAUCUAUGCGCACAUAAAAGAGCAGCUUAUCGAUAUAUGCCUUGCCCCUCCCCGUACUCUGUUGGAUGAGGUGGGAGAAAAUUUUAAUGAGAUCAUCGAAGGGGACUAUAUUUUCGGUCGUAACCAGAAGAAGGCCGAUGUGUUGCGCACCCUAACCAAAGCGGAUGUGAUUCGCUUCCUUAACGACACGAAACCCACCAAUUUGCGCAAACUGUCAGUUCAGGUUAUUGGGCAUAAACCGCCAAAUGCAGAAGACCAAGAUGAAGACGAAUUCGAAUUCGAAGAGGAAGACGAAUUCGAAGAGGAUGACCAAUACGAAGAGGAGGAAGAUACCAUUACCUAUUUCAGAAACGGCCUUGAGACUUACCCAAAGAGCACGGUGGAACCAAGUACCCUCGGAAACUAG